AUGACCACCCCACUAUACGGGUUCACAGGAAACGAGGUGCUGCCAAUCGAACAAACCAGACUAGCCAUAUUGCUGGGAGAAGAUCCGCUCCGAAGGACGCGGGCCACUAACUUUAUUGUGGUGGAUGCCCCCUCCGCCUACAAUGUGAUCCUGGGUCGCUCAGCCCUCAACGAGUUUCGGGCAAUCGUCUCAACUUUCUGUCAGAAAAUAAAAUUUUCCGUCGAGGACCAAGUAGGAGAGGUCCGAGGAGACCGGCUAGCAGCUCGGCGUUGCUACAUGGAAAUGGUCCGCUCUGAAUCCAGAUCCACACGGAAGACACCCCGAAUCGAGGUAAAUACUAUAAUCGAGAAACCUCCAACUUUAGUUUGUGAGGAAAAGGAGGAAGUGCAGAUUCAUCCCUGCCGACCAGAGGCCGCCACCUUCAUAGCAUCUGACCUAGAAGGGGAACAAAGGAAAGAGCUCAUUAAAUGCCUCCAACAAAACCACGAUGUCUUCGCAUGGUCAACGCAUGAACUGCCCAACAUCUCCCCAAGCGUAGCUCAGCACGAGCUCCACGUCCGACUGGACGCCCAGCCAGUAAAGCAACAGAAGAGAGACUUCAAUACCGAACAUAAUCAAAUAAUCCGAGCAGAAGUUGAGAAGCUCCUCGAAGUCGGCCACAUACGCGAGAAAUGUCUAUUCGGCGCCAAGAGCGGGCAUUUCCUGGGAUACAUUGUGACCGAGCGGGGCAUUGAGGCUAAUCCCAGAAAAGUGAAAGCGCUACAAGAUAUGCUACCACCAAGAAACCUAAGGGAAGCACAGCGUCUUAUCGGCCGGAUAACAGCUUUAUCAAGGUUCAUUUCAAGGUCUGCUGACCGGAGCCUGCCAUUUUUCAAGAUUCUACGCCGAGCCACGAAGUUCCAGUGGGACGAGGAGUGCGAUCGGGCGUUCGAGAAGCUCAUAGCCUAUCUCAACUCCUUACCAGUGCUAGUCAAGCCAAUAGUUGGUGAACCCCUCAAAAUUUACUUGUCCUUGGCUGAUCACGCGGUCAGCUCGACCCUGGUUCGGACGGACGGCGAGGAACAGCCUGUAUACUUCUUGAGCCACAUAUUAAAAGGCGCUGAAUCUCGCUACACUGGUCUCGAGAAACUCGCCUUUGCAUUGGUCCUCGCUGCUCGGAGGCUCCGUUCGUAUUUUCUCGCGCAUACCAUCAUAGUGAUGACCAACAGCCCGUUGAGCAGGGUCCUCCUCAAUCCAGAAGCGUUAGGGUGGCUGAUCAAGUGGACCACGGAGUUCAGUGAGUUUGAUAGUCAAUAUCAACCCCGAGCAGCCAUAAAGGCACAAUCCCUGGCAGACUUCAUCAUUGAGGUCCAGGACCCCGAGCCCAAAGUUGCCUGGAAGGUAUAUGUGGAUGGGUCUUCCAACUGGCAAGGGACUAGGGUGGGAAUACUACUAAUCUCCCUCAGAGAAGAGCGGAUGCAGCUGUCUGUUCGGCUGGACUACCGAGCAACCAACAAUGAGUUAGCUGCCCAACAACUCUUCGGAACGUUCGAGGUCAAUAGCGCUCGACUCAGGCUCUACGCUGAGGCUUUCGAGAAGUUGAGAGCCAAUUUCCAGGAGGUGGUCAUAAAGAAGGUUCCCCGAGUGGAGAACCAGGCGGCAGACGAAAUGACGAAGCUAGCCAGCUCCAUAUCGUCGAUCGACAUUCAACUACCGAUCGAUCAAGUGUCCCUCGUGGCCCAUGUUGAUCGGAUGGAGGGACUAUCCUUUCCCAAUGACUGGAGAACGGCGCUGGUAGAGUUUCUGCGAACAGGAGCUACGCCUUCCAAUCGGGACAAGGCUCAACUGCUGAGAAGGCGAGCAAGCAAAUUCACAUUAAUCGGAGAGCAGCUAUACAAGAAGUCUUUCUCUCGCCCGCUCCUCAAGUGCGUCGGGCCAGAAGACAUCGACUACAUACUGUAG